AUGCGCGCGUGGCUGCUGCUCUCGUGUUGCUCGCCAUCGCGCGCGCUGGACGCCCAGGCCUCGCGCGCGCUCAUGGAGCGCCUCGCGCCGCAGCUGCGGUCGCACUGGUCCCGCGCCGCGGCGCACCUGCCCGCCGCCGCGCCGGAGGUCGCAUCCCUCUCGCUGGCCCACUUCGACGACCACGUCGACGCCGGCGGCUUCCUCGGCGCGAGCCGGAGCGCGCCGUCCGCCGACAGCGGCUGGGCGGUCGGCGGGUACCGCGCGGCGGACGGCCUCGCGCGCGCGCUCGACGACGGCGGCACGCUCGUCCCGGCCCUCGCGUCCCUCGCCCUCGCGUCCCUCGACGCGCUGGCGCUGCCGUCGACGAUCAACGGCUACGCGACGCGCGCGGGCGAACCCGUCGCCGCGCCGCCGCACACGGACUUCCAGGAGGUCGUGUGCCUCCAGUGCACGGGGCGGCAGCGAUGGCGCGCGUGGCGGCCGCCGAAGCCGCUCGGCGACGCGCUCGGCGCCGCGCUCGCGCUCGGCAAGGGGCCGGAGCCGCUCCGUCCCGAGGCUUUGGGCGCGCCCGCGCUCGACGUCGUCGUGGAGCCCGGCGACGUGGUCUACGUGCCCGCGGGCUGGCCCCACGCGACGGAUACGCUGCUAUUGGGGGCGGACCGCCCGUCGCCGGGCCGGGCGACGCGCCCCGGCGGCCGCCCGUCGCUCCACCUCACGCUGGGCCUCGACCACGCGGUCUUCUCGCUCGACGCGUUCUCCGCGCGGUCCGCGCUGCGGGGGGCUUCGGACGCGGCGCUCGCGGACGCGGCGGUGGCGCUGCCCUUCGACGCGCUCACGGACGUUCGCGCGUGCGCGGCCGCGCUCGGCGGCGGCGACCGCGCGGCGGAGGUCGCCGACGGCUUCGCGGCGCACGCCGCGGCGAUCGUCGCGCUCCAGCGCGACCUCCUCGCGGACGCGGUGGGCGACGCGUCGCCGGCGGCCUGGGCGCGGCGGUGGCGCCGAUGGGCGCGGGACAGCACGCGGGAGGUGCUCGCCCACAACGCGUUCAUCGCGACGGGCGCGAGGGAGGCUCCUGAUUUCAUGGACGACGCGGCGUUCGACGCCUACGUCGACCGGGCGUUCGAAAUCGCGAACGCGGGCGGCGCCCUACAGUUCGACGCCGACGCGAAGGCCAAGGUGGCCGCGGACGCGGCGAUCGCCGAGUGCGCCGGCGGGGAGCUCGCCGACGUCGACGAGCCGUGCUACAUCUGCGGGGACGACGACCGCGCGGGCCUGGUCCGCGGGUGCGCGUGCCGCGGCACGGCGGGCGUGGCCCAUCUGAAAUGCCUGGUGGCGCAGGCGCGGAUCGCGCACGAGGAAGAAGAGGACAAUGCGUUAGAACGGUGGCACAGCUGCAAGCUGUGUGGUCAGCGAUUCCACGGUUCCCGUGCUUCUCGCCUUGAUGCGCGCGUGUUGGAAGAACUACGUCAAGAACGACGAGGGUGAUGCGCGGCGGCUGAAUGCGUUAAGCAUACUCGCGCCAGCCCUCCGGCAGAACGGUUUUCUCGAGGAAGCCCUCGGCACAUCCAAUAUGGCUCUCGCCGCAAUGCUUCGCUGCGCCCCAAACGCAAAGCAAAAUAUUAGCUCGAUCCUUCACAACAUCGGCAACAUCAAAUCUGAGAUGAACGCGAAGGUGAAAGCCUCUGAAACUGCGGAGAACACUCGCGCCGGUCGAAAUUGGGAAGAG